CUGGCAGCUCACACUUCGCUGGGGACUUAAAGAGUGAACAGAGAUCGGGGAGCUUCGGUGCAUAGCUGUCUAUAUUUUCCGAUCGCUUUUUUCCCGGAGAGAUCUUUCAGCCGCCGACCAGAACCUUUUCCUUUGUGUGGAUAAUUUUGGGUGCCUGAAUUUUGUUGUUGUUGAAACAUUUCUUGUUUGGGGCUUAUCGCUUCUUGCCUGUCUCGGACCAUUAUGACUUUGGAGGAAAUUCACGGUCAGGAGACGAUGCCGGAAACUAGCGACAGUAGCUCUAGCAGCGCCGCCGCCGGCAACCGGAUGCAGAAGGCCGGCAAAGCUUUGCAGGAGCUGCUGGUUUCGUCGCAGCGCCGCGGCUGCCUCACCGCGGGCGUCUACGAAUCCGCAAAACUGAUGAAUGUUGAUCCCGACACGGUCGCUUUCUGCGUGCUGGCCGCGGACGAGGAGGACGAAGGCGACAUCGCCCUGCAGAUCCACUUCACCCUCAUCCAAGCCUUUUGCUGCGAGAACGACAUUGACAUUGUGCGCGUGAACGACAUCCAGAAGCUGGCCGCGAUUGUGGGCGCCAGCGAGGAGGCCGGGGAGCCCAGAGACCUCCACUGCAUCCUCAUCACGAAUCCCAAUGAGGAUGCCUGGAAAGACCCAGCCUUAGACAAGCUGAACUUGUUUUGCGAAGAGAGUCGAAAUGUCAACGACUGGGUGCCAAACAUCACCUUGCCCGAGUGAUGUCGAUGGUGUUGACGAAGCUGGUGCACAGGAGAGGUUGAAACCUUUUUGUUGCAUUAUCACCUUGGAGCUGCACAUCUGGGCGACCCAGCGAGUGGCUGAUUCUGGAGAUUAGCCUGGUCAACUGCUUGGAUUAAGUUGCUCAGAGACGGCACGUGGUGGAUUCUUGUGGAGAGAGAGAAAAAAGAGAAGCAAAGGAAGAAGGCGAGUGGAUUGUACCAACAGUGAAGUCUCUCUCCGCUAUGCUGCAGCGCUGGAGAAGCUGGCAUAUCCGUGGAGCUGGAGAAGUACUGCAGCUUUUAUUUUAGGAGCAGAAGAAAAGAGAGGGCGGAAAAACUGUGGCAGGUUUCCGGGUCAGGUGGAAUGUCCAUGUUAGAAAGCCAGAGUGAAAGUUGAAAACUGGACAUAGAUGAAAGGGCAGGAAUGGACACAGUAUUGUAACACGAAACUGCUGGCGGGGGGCAUCCAACCCCUUCCCCAAGAGACUGGAAGCUUAAAAGACAUUGGUACUAUUGCAUUUCUGCAAAGAUGUUGAUGCAGAUUGAGCUACCAGAGGAGGUCUUUUGGACUAUAUUCUGCAUUGAUAACCAAUCUUGCAAUAAUUCUUUUAAACUGAAAUUCAUGCUGCUAUUGAAAUUCUUAACACGUUUAUAAUAAAUUUUUUUUGAUAACUGACUUUUGUGUGGUGGUGGUCUUGCUUGCCAGCUGGAGAGGGAAGAAUCCAAAACAACAGUCAAUGGGGUAAAACAUAUAAAUGGGCUGUAAACAGAAUGCGGAGAGGACUGUUUAAGACAUCUUAAAGGUAUUGCAGGGAGGCAAUGCUUUGGGUCCCACACAGUUAUGUGCACUUGAAGUGGACUUAAGCACAGUUGCCUGGGUUUUACAGUUGCGUGUGGCUUUAUCUACAACAUGUGCUGGCAAAGGCACUUAACGGUUGAUGUGUAAACCAUAGAAAUCAUCACACUUCCAUGGUCUGCCUUUCUGCAGUUUACGCAAGUUUGUCAUUAAAAAGAUGCAUAUGGUUUAGCUUGAGCAGGUAAUAAUAAAAAUGUACUGGUCGAAACUACAAUGUGAGUGGCCCCCACAGAUCUCUUAUCAGCUGAAAAUAUCUGAUAAGGCUGGACAAAAGGGUAUAUGGCUUCUAUUUGAAAUGACUUGACCUUUCACCCGGCCCAUGGCAACAGCUGUUUAUCGCAACAGCUUGCAAGACUGAAGAGCUGCAUGCUUAAUAAGCUCUGUUCUGGGCAAUGGUCUUUUGUCGUGCACUUAAAAAGACACAGCACAUGUUCCUAGGCAGCUGAUCAUUUAAAAGCUGAAAUAAUAAAAACCACAAAAAUAGUUGCAGAGUUUCAGAUGCUUUGCAUUGGUAUUAAAGCUACUUGCCUCUAACAUUCAGUUGCUAUGAUUAGAAGUUUUGGGAGAAACUAUGUAUUUCACAAGCCACUGUUACAUUUUGUUCAGCCACUUUCUACCCUGUACAAGUCUAGGUUUCUUUUUUUUUCUUUUUCUUUUUAAGAUCCAGACUUUUCAGCCUCAAACCCCAGACACAAUUGCAUUGGAAAUAUGCAGAUGGAGUGCCAAUAGCUUGCAUCUGCCUCAAGCUGUCGGCUUCUUGUCUGUCUGCCAUAUGCUGGAACAAAAGAAGCUGUCAUUUCAGUUUCCCAAUUGUCUGCACACACUAUUUCAAUGAAUAAAACAGUGGGUUCCCCCCCCCCUCUCAAAAGGAAGGGGGAAAAAAUGUUGCUAAAAGUAAUCUGUGUGGUCACUUGGAUUUCUGGCAAAAAAGUAGUCGGUUUGCAUUUGCCCUUGGUUUUGAAUCGGAUAGCCACAUUUGUCUGCAAUAAUUCAUUUUUGUUUUUAAGUCCUGCUGCAGAAGCAAAAGAACAGCCAAGUGGCAGCGUUAAGAAUAUUGUCAAAGGCAUAUGUGGCAUUAGGUGCCUGUAAGGGAAUGGAUGGCACAAGUUGCCUUUUCAGUUCCACACCCAAUCCAGCACAAGAACACUGUGAUACAGACAUCUGAGACAUUAUGAUAUCACUUGCUGCUCAUGCCUUUGUUUAGUGCUCAGAGCUGAAAGGCUGCUUGCAUUUUGGAACAAGGAUAAUUUGCUACCCAGCCAAUGGAAUUUGAAACAUUCUGUUUCCAAGCGUGGUCAUGCGAAUGACAUUCCAUAGUGGCUCUUGGUAUUUGCUUUAACUGUAUAAGGCAUGGCAGAGGCAGGAGGCACUGACCAGGCAAAAAACCUCUUUCAGUGUUGCUUUUGACAUAGCAAGAGUUGGCUACGGCCUCCUCAUACACACAACAACUUAGAGGCAAAAGUUGGUUGUGUAAACACAUUCUGCUGCACUUGCUACUGCAGCUAUGCCCUACAAACGAUGUGUGAUGGCAACAGGAGUUAAUAUACAUCAGUGAAAUAACUUUGCUGUAAUGAAAUCUCUGCUGAUUAUUGACACAAGUGCUCAAGCUACGUCGUAAUCAACUAUUACUGAAUCAAGUUUUCUGUGCAGAGCUUUCAUACCCUCCAACAUUUCUCCGAUGAAAAUAGGGACGUCUCAUUCCAUAAUGAUAAUUUUACUAUUUAUACCCCACACAUCUUACUGGGUUGCCCCAGCCACUCUGGGCAGCUUCCAGCAUACAGUAUAUAAAAACAUAAUAAAACAUUAAACAUUUAAAAAACUGCCCUAUACAGGAUUGCUUUCAGAUGGUCGGGGGUCGGAUAACUCCAUACCCUCCAACAUUUUUUCAAUGAAAAUAGGGACGCCCUAAGGAAAAGUGGGACAUUUCAGGAUCAAAUCAGAAACCAGGACAGCUUCUCUAAAUCUGGG